UUCCCUUCCUUUUCCUCCUCCAACUUCUAUGUUAUAAAUAGAACAUCCCAGCACUACCCGUACCUUCUCAACACUUUCUUACAUUCCUUCCCUUGCAAUUAAUCAGUGCCCAAAAUUCUACGACAUCUCAUUUCAUCAAAACAUUCUCGGAAUCUUAUCAUCUCAGUCAGCCAUAAACAUACAAUCAAAAAUGUGUAAUUCUAAGGCCAAGAACAAUUGGAAAGCUACUACGACCAGUACAAUUGUUGACACUCCGGUAACACCACCUCCUGUUUCUCAAAUGGAUGGUCGUCCGGUACUUCAACCAGCGGGUAAUCGUGUCGCCUGCCUAGACCGACGUAAUUCAUUGAAAAAAGUCUCUUUGAAAACUCCACCACCACCAACAUCUACUACUAAAACCAAACCUUCAUCAUCUACUACCAGUAGUCCACCAAUUUCUCCAAAAUCAAAAUCUCCUCGGCCGCCGGCGCUUAAGAGAGGAAACGAUCCAAAUGGUUUAAAUUCGAGCAUUGAUAAAUCGUUAACACCCCGAUUAACAACGCCGAAACUAACACCAACUUUAGUGAGAAAGAAAUCCAAGAAAUCUCUUACUAUAAAUGUUAAUAAUAGUAUAUCUCCUAUGACUAGCAGUAGUACUACUAAAACCAUUGAACGUUCAUCUUCUUUCAACUAUCCUUCUUCGUUGAUCGUCGAGUCUCCUGGAAGUAUAGCCGCUGCAAGAAGAGAACAAGUUACACUUAUUCAAGCUCAAAGGAAAAUGAAAAUUGCUCAUUAUGGUAGAUCUAAAUCUGCGAAAUUCGAAGGAAACAUCAUUCCUGUAAUCGACACGUCUUCUAAUACUCUUGUAACAAGUCCUAGAGAAAAAAGAUGUAGUUUUAUCACAGGAAAUUCAGAUCCUCUCUAUAUUACUUACCAUGAUGAAGAAUGGGGAGUUCCUCUACGUGAUGACAAGUUGUUGUUUGAAAUGCUAGUGUUGAGUGGUGCACAGGUUGGUUCAGAUUGGACUUCAAUCUUAAAGAAACGUCAAGAUUUUAGGGAUGCAUUUUCAGGAUUUGAUCCAGAAAUUGUUGCCAAUCUUAAUGAGAGACGAAUCACAUCAAUCAGUACUGAAUAUGGCAUCGAAUUGAGCAGGGUUAGAGGAGCUGUCGAUAACUCUAAACGAAUUCUUGAGAUUCAAAGGGAAUUUGGUUCAUUCGGCAACUACUUGUGGGGAUUUGUAAAUAACAAACCCAUUUCAACUCAAUACAAAUCAUCACACAAAAUCCCAGUGAAGACAUCAAAAUCGGAGACAAUAAGCAAAGACAUGGUUAGGAGAGGGUUUAGGGGUGUAGGGCCAACAGUCAUGCAUUCAUUCAUGCAAGCUGCUGGUCUCAGGAAUGACCAUUUGAUCAAUUGUCCACGGCAUCUGCAAUGUGUCGCGGCCGAGGCAUCUCACCGUUCUAUGGUUUCCCCGGCUGUAUAACAGCAACACUUGGCAGUAACUAUAAAAAGGAUGAUGGAUCACAGAUAUAAGAAAGAGAGGAGAAGUACUACUCCAAGAAAUCGUUAAUACAUGCUAAUGAACACUAGUUGUUUUCUAACUACUUUUUUUUUUUAUUAAAUUUGUGAAUAUUUUGAUGAACUAAAGAAAAAGAGGAACAAAAAAUAGAUUUGCUGUGAAAUUUUUUGAAAGACAGUGAUGAAAGGGUUUGAGAUGGAUAGCUAGAUAAGAAUGGAAAAAGGGGAUUCCAAAAGAUAACAGCGGAUACUGAUGCAUGUGUUUUGGUGGAGACAUGGAGGAAUACAAAGCAUGUGCAAAGAGACAAGGCAGGUCAUGUGUUGAAUGUCAGACAGAAAGAUGUGUUAGAGCUUUCAAUAUUCCAUGUGAUGACCACCACCACUACUCAAGCGCAAAGUCCUAAUUUUCUUAACAGGCUGUGUCAAUGAAAGAGAGAUUAUAUAUAGGGUGACCACUGCUGGACCCUGUUUGUCUCUUUAAUCUCUACCCUUCUACAUCUCUCUAUACAUAUCUGUCAUUUGGGUUCUCCUUGAUCUCUUACUUUUGUUGAGAUAAGGAGCUGUAAUUUCAAAUUCUUUUUUUCCUUUUUUUGGGCUAACUUAACAGUAUGGCAGUGACUGUAACACAGAUGAGAGUGUUUAAUAGGUACGUGUGAGUUUUGAGUGUCUUGUAAAAAUUUCUGUAAUGCAUGUGAUGAGGUUAUUAUCAUGUACUACUAGUUUUAGUUCUAUUUACCUAAAUAUAUACAUAAGCUUUGUGUUUGUUUA